AUGCCAACGCAUGCUGGAAAACAGAAUCCCGAGGACCGGAAACGAGGUGAAAUCGCUCUGAGCGAAUUUGCCGAGUAUGCCGAACAACAGCAGACACACCGCUCCGCUGUCGUUGCUCCUAGUGACAGUGGCUACGAGACCGGAAGUGUGUCGCGCGACCUUGAAGACCAUGCGGAGCUGCAAAUCUUGGAUCAGCUCGGCCUGUCCGAUACUCCUCGUUCUGUCAAGUUAAAAGAGCUUCUCUUGGGGACGGGAGAUGAAGCCGAGAACAGUCUCCAGGUGCUGGCUGCUACCAUGCAGACGCGCAUAGAUCAAGGCCAAGGAGAGACAAUAUUUGACCUUGGUCUUGAAGACGGUGGUGAUUCAAUGGGCUUCGAUCUCCCUCAAUGGAAGACCGCCCUGCAACGUCUACGCGAGGCUACUGAAACUAUUCCUGCUCACUGUCGUAUUCUACUCACUUGCAAUGUAGGUGGGGAACAGGAAUGUGCUGCGAGAAGUGACCGUAGCAAGGGUGUAUGGGGAAAGAUUCUCAUUCGUCAACAUUUUGACAAUGUAGAGGAGAUGGCGGAGAUCCGAAUUGUCGUGGUAGGCAAUGUCGACGCGGGGAAAAGUACCAUGCUUGGUGUACUUGUUAAAGGUAGUCUCGAUGAUGGCCGCGGUCGUGCACGAGUCAAUCUGUUCCGUCACAAGCACGAGAUCGAGAGUGGGCGAACCAGCUCUGUCGGACUUGAAAUCAUGGGAUUUGAUAGCCGCGGCGAAAUUGUCGCCCACACCCAAGGCCGAAAACUCUCUUGGGAGGAGAUUGGAAAACGAUCUUCCAAAGUGAUAUCUUUCUCUGAUCUUGCUGGUCAUGAACGCUACUUGCGAACCACGGUCUUUGGCAUGCUGAGUAGCAGCCCUAACUAUUGUCUACUCAUGGUUGCUGCGAACAAUGGUCUGAUUGGAAUGAGUCGUGAGCACCUUGGAAUUGCCCUCGCGCUUAAUGUUCCAGUUAUGGUUAUUGUCACCAAGAUUGACAUCUGUCCCCCUCAAAUUCUCCAGGAGACGCUGUCUCAGUUGUCUAAGAUUCUCAAGUCUCCUGGUGCUCGCAAAAUCCCGAUAUUUGUCAAGGAUAUGGAAGAGACUAUCAGCACAGCAGCUCAAUUCGUCAGCCAGCGAAUAUGCCCGAUUUUUCAAGUUUCUAACGUCACAGGUGAAAACUUGGACCUUGUCCGGACAUUCCUUAACAUUCUCCCUCACCGGGGUCACUACGAUCCGGAUGGUCCCUUUGAGUUCUUGAUCAACGACACUUUCUCCGUUCCCCACGUUGGUACUGUCGUCUCCGGUGUAGUCAAAUCCGGCGUCAUACACGCUGGAGAUUCAGUUGUAGUUGGUCCCGACUCUCUUGGCCAAUUCACGACAACUACAAUAAAAACUAUCGAACGAAAGAGGAUACCGGUCAACGCAUGCUUUGCCGGUCAGUCGGGAUCCUUUGCAUUGAAGCGUGUCCGACGUAAAGAAGUUCGCAAAGGAAUGGUUGUCUUGAAGAAGAUGGAUGACCCGCCUAAGGUGCACCGAGAGUUCGUUGCAGAAGUGCUGAUCCUCUCGCACGCCACCACCAUUAAGCCGAAGUAUCAAGCCAUGUUACACGUCGGAGCGGUUAGUCAGACCUGCUCUGUCAUUGAUAUUGACCGCCCUUUCAUUCGAACGGGCGAUCGUGCUCUUGUUGCUUUCCGAUUCAUGCAGCGGCCCGAGUUCCUUGUUCCAGGCGACCGAGUACUUUUCCGAGAAGGGAAAACGAAAGGACUGGGAAUUGUAAAGAGUAUCGGCUAUGACUCUGCCCAGCCACUCAAUGCUAACUCCAAAGGAGACGCCACAACUGAGCCUAGCAAGACUCAAGCCACUGCAGUUUCGUGA